AUGCUUACUACCAGCUUGGACCAGAUGCAAUUGGCGUUGCCUAGCAGAGAUUAUUACUUGAAGAAGGUUAGCGAAGUUCAGCUGAAAGCUUAUCACAAUUACAUGACAAACGUCGCCAUUUUGUUGGGAGCAAAUCCUCAUUCGGCGCCCGAAGAGUUCGAUCGAGUGAUUGCUUUAGAAAAACAGCUUGCUAACGCUUCGUUACCGGAAGCAGAUAGACAUGAUACCUCGGCGAUGUAUCGGAAAUUAACGUUGCAAAAAUUGCAACAGGAGGUUCCGCAGCUGCAUUGGCUCGUUUAUCUGCGAGAAUUUAUUAAAGCGCCGAUUGAUGAAAAAGAACUAGUUGUUAUGUACGCGAUGCCGUAUUUCAUGCAAAUGGGCCGUAUUAUUUCGAGAACAGAUCGAAGAACUUUACAUAACUAUAUUCUGUGGCGAUUUGUCAUGUCGGUUAUGCCUCAUAUGAUCGAUGAAUAUCAGCAGAAACGAAUCGAAUUUCGCAAGAUCCUUUUGGGUAUUCUUAGUGAAAGGAAUAGAUGGUCGCAAUGCGUUGAGUGGACUAAUAAGAAACUCGGGAUGGCGGUAGGAGCUCUUUUUAUAAGCGAAAAUUUUAAUCACGAAAGUAAGGAGACUGCUUUAAAAAUGAUUCGGACAAUUCGCGAAGCUUUUAACGAACUGUUGGUCGAAAAUCAUUGGAUGGAUGACGAGACUCGGGCAGUGGCAAAGAAAAAGGCUGAUUCAAUGAACGAGCGAAUUGGAUAUCCCGAAUUUUUGAAAAAUCCACAUGAGCUCUCUGAGGAAUAUAAAAUGUUAAAUAUAACAGAAAAUCGCUUUUUGGACAAUAUCUUUGCUGUGCUCAAGUAUGAUGCUUAUUAUAAUUUACAAAAGUUGCGAGAGCCAGUUGACAAGAACAAAUGGUCGACUGAGCCGGCUGUGGUGAAUGCCUUCUACAAUCCUAACAGAAAUGAUAUCGUAUUCCCUGCGGGCAUUCUACAACCGCUUUUUUACUCUCAACACUUUCCCAAAUCCUUGAAUUAUGGCGGCAUCGGUGUAGUAAUCGGUCAUGAAAUCACCCAUGGUUUCGACGAUAAGGGUCGUCAAUUCGACAAAGACGGCAAUCUAAUGCAAUGGUGGAACAAUGCUACUAUUAAGGCAUUUCGUAAAAGAGCGCAGUGCAUCGUGGACCAGUACUCUAGAUAUAAAUUGCAGGAAGUGAAUCUAUACAUCAACGGUAGGAUGACUCAAGGAGAGAAUAUUGCCGAUAACGGUGGUCUCAAGCAGGCUUUCAGGGCUUACAAGAAAUGGGUUUUUAUUCACGGCGAAGAACCGUUGUUGCCGGGAGUGAACCUCACGCACGAUCAGUUGUUCUUUCUCAACUAUGCACAAAUCUGGUGUGGUUCUAUGAGACCGGAAGACGCUCUUACGAAGAUCCGUAGCAGUGUACAUUCGCCCGGAUCGGUACGAGUGCUGGGCCCUUUGUCAAACAGCGAAGACUUUGCCAAGGCUUUCGACUGUCCGUUAGACUCGCCGAUGAAUCCCAAGAAAAAAUGCAAUGUUUGGUAGUUUGUGUUUGAUGAUAUAUGAAAUAUAUCACCUUGAUAUAAUCAACAUUUUAAAUUGGGAAGAGAGAAUUACGGAAGCUAAAAGUUUUCGAGCCAUUCCGGAGUUAAGAACCUGUGUCCUUUGACUAUUCAUUUAGCGUUGAACAACGUCAAAUGUUCAGUCAUUAUGUUGUACAUAUAUAAAUCUAAUGACAUUCGUAUCGAACGAGAUGUAAAUAUACACCUAGACAGCACUAUGUCCAAAAUCGGGACAUAAUACGUCUUUUUGACAUCUUUUAGACGUCUUAUGUCUCGCUUUUGGACAAAUGUGCUGUAUGGGCACGCGUUAUAAUAUCAAAAGAGACCAAAUUUAAAUUUAUAUUUAAGAGAAGAGGUUUCUUCUAGUCCUUUACUUAAAUAUACGACAGAUAUAAUCAGUAUUUAUUUUCCCAUAUCACAAUAUAUACUUUCUGUCUUUCAACUGCUAUUUCAUUCAAACGUGAUCACAUCCCACGCAGCACAUCUGAGGGACGUCUUACAGACAUUUUGGGAUAUUUCAAUAACCGUAGGACAUUUUUCUCUGAGACCCAAGAUGGUCUCAGAUGUUUAGUGGAUUUCCAGCAAAUGCACAAGUGUCCGGUUAUAUUAUCUUACAGACAUCUUAGACGACGUUCAGAGAAUAUUUCAGGCAGAUCAAGAAAUAUCGCAAGAUGUAUUAAUUAUUUCAUACAACACAGAAAUGUUGCAAGAACAUUGCAUAGACAUUACAUUUAGACAUUAACAUUAUUUACCUUCAAAUUAAAAGAAUAAUCCAAUCUCAGCUCAAAAAAUUUUUAAAAGUUGCAAAAUAUACAUUUUGCUAAAUGCGACCAUUUAUUUAAUUACGUGCGUAAAUUAGAUGUAAAUUUUAUAACAGGGUGAGGCUGAGGCCUUGCGCGUGCUGCCAGGUUUGAAGACCCGCGGAUGUUGCGAUUUUACUUCGCCGGGGGCCUUUUUAUAUUUGCUCUAAAUUGAGAUUUACUUACGAGCUGGCUUUACCGUCAUGCACCACCUUGAUAUCCUAUUGGAAUAUCCCGGGCACAACCUACUAAUACUGGGAUAUCCGUGGGAUCGCAUUUAGAAAUCUGGAACAAUUUGGGAUAUCCUCAGGAUAAAGUAUGCUGUGUGGGAUUAUUGAAUAUGUUGCAAAUGUAAGUGAUAAAAAAAAGCACAAAAGGAAAAAUAGUAACUUGUGUAAUGUAAUAGAUAAUGUAAUAGGCAAUGCGAUAGGAAGAGAAUAUACAGAGUGUUUCUUAAAUGAUGGGCAAAACUUGAGGAAUGAAUUCCUAGUGCUUAGAGAAGAAAAAAAAGUUAUAUCAACAUAGGUCCAGAAAUGAUUAGUUCCCAGAGAACACAAAAAUGUCUAAAAGAGAACUAAAAUAUGACAAAUUUUUGAUAUAGUGUCUUUUUGUUAGAGCUUAAAGUCGACUAAAAGAUGACUUGUGUCUCUUUUGUUCCGCACUAAAUGUCGUUUUAUAGCCAAAACUUAUAAGAUGACUAAAAGACAUCUGUCGUUAGGCAUCUUUUAGUCGCCUUUUAAAAUAAUGUUGUGGAUGUUUUUGUUCUUUAUAUUUUAUAUUUUGGUUUAUAAAUGAAAGGUUUAUGUUA